UUUGUUUUGCUCCAACUUCGAAAAUUGUAAAAAAAAAAAAAAAAGAAGAAAAAGAAAAAAAGACUCAUUUAAGGAGUUCCAAAUGUUCAGUCAUUUGCCAGAGCGACAAAAUAUUUUAAGAGAUUACCCUGCCUUGAAGAUAAAGAUUGAAAAAACAUCAAAUAAGCCAGAGAAAAUAGUUGAAGAUUACAGUGAGAGGAUGUGGAGAAACACAGUUCAAAGGUUAUCUAUUGCAGGCCAGGUUAGCAAUGUUUGCCAAACAAGAUGUGAAGAUUGGGGUGUUUGGUAUCUACAACAAUGCCCCUUAUCAAUACACCUGUCCAGAUUUAAGACUGGGUACAGUGGGCCAAGCUUUAACUCACAGAGAAAACUCUGAUAAAAGUAAACUAAGCUUUGUAUGGCAAGCUCCUCCAGUAUCUCAAGGUCAUGUUGUUUUUAUCAUAACAAUUGUACAAAAUGUGAAUACAUAUUGGACCAGUGUGAGCUCCCCUAUUGUAUAUGAUCAACAAAACAGUGUGCCAGUAUCGCAGCAAAUUCUGAACAGUUUGUACCAUGUUGUCGAUCCAUCUUGUACCCGUCCACCAAUCAACACUACUACAACAACAACAUCAACUACUGUGACUACCACAACAUCUACUUCCACUACCACAACAAGUCCCACAACUACAUCUACAACAACUACCACAACCCCUACCCCAACAUCAAAAAGUACAACAACAACUACAACUUCUACCACUACAACUCCAACUACAACUGUCACUACUACUAGCACUUCUGCCCCAACCACAGUCCCAGUGACAAAUGUAACUGAUGUUACCACCAACAAUAGUACAGACAACACAACACAGGAUAUAGUUACUACAACAGAGGUGUAUGUACUGCCUGAUGAUAGAUUGCCAGUUGAUAAAGAUUGUAACAGGACCAAAGGAUGUUUCCAUGACUGUGAUGAAAACAGUUGCAGUUUUAUUGUGUCCUGGGUAGAUCGUGCUAAUUUCAUUGACAUGGAAUUAAAAACUAAACUUUUGUCAGCUGGAAAUAAAUGGAUUGCAGUUGGAUUUUCCUAUGACAAGCACAUGGGCAGUGACAGUGUUAUAGAGUGUAUGUCAAUGGACUACAACAUCAGUGUAUUUCAGUCUUAUAACCUCGAUACUCAUGCCAAUACAAGACUAAGCAAUCCUAAACUAGGAAUAUCUAAUGAACAAGGAUCCUUUGUGGAUGGCACAUUUUCCUGUAGUUUUACCAGAAAGAAGAUAGUUCCAGAAGAAAGUAGGAUUUUUGACUUAAGAAAUGACUGGUACCUUAUGUUUGCUACUGGAUCCUCUAUGUCAGGGAUGAAACUUCCACAUCAGUAUGACCCUGCUCCUCCUACAUCUCUAACAAAGAUCAAUUUACAGGAAUAUUUACAGUACAUGCCAACCACUCAACCAGCUCCAACACAGCCACCAACAACAACCAAGACAAGUACUACAGUAACAACACAACAACAAUUGACUUCGAAACCACAACCAACAACAACCACCACUGUAGCCACUACUACCAAGAAAACAUCACCUGCUGUUGUAACAACACCAUUUGCUAGGACAACUACAACAGAAACUACCACUAAACAUAACAAUGACAAAUUUCAGAAAUUAAGUCUGGAGAAAGAUUUAGCCUGUGGAUUGACUAAAGGCUGUUAUUAUGAUUGUAAAAAUGAUUUGUGUGAAUUCAUAAUAUCUUGGAGGGACAAAGGAGACGAUAUCCAGUUUGACAUCAAAAGUCGUGCGUCAUCUCCUGAUCCAGAUAAUAUGUGGAUAGCUAUAGCCUUCUCACAUGAUCAGAAUAUGGGAAAUGACAAUGUAAUAGAAUGUGUGACUAAUGAAGGUUUUAUGGAUGUUUUCCAGUCUGUCAAUUUAGAUUCCAAAACUAACCAAAGACUUUUAGAGCCAAAGAAAGGACUAAGUGGAAUAUAUGGUUCAAUCCAGGAUGGUAUAUUCCAUUGUAAAUUCACCAGAAAAAAGCAAGUUGUUGGAGAAGAUGCACUACUUAAUUUGAACGAAGAUUUUCACAUUAUGUUUGCACAUGGACCAGCUACAAAUGGAAAACUUCUUCCCCACAGCAUCCAGAAAAUUCCAAUAGUAUCAUUAAAAUUGGUGGAUUUCCAGAAGAAUUCAUCUCUCUCAGGACGAGUGAUAUACUAUCUCAUUAAAUUUCAUGGUGCAUUGAUGAUAUUUGCAUGGAUUGGUUGUGCCAGUAUAGCUAUAGUUAUUGUUAGAUACUAUAAGAGGAUAUGGCCAGGAAGUACUAUCUGUGAUGAAAGGAUCUGGUAUCAGGUACACAGAUUGAUGAUGAUAGUUGUAUUCCUAUGUGUGAUAAUUAGUGCCAUAUUAGUAUUUCUAGAUGUGGAAGGAUAUAGUAAGAUAAAUGGUCAGAUGUUUCAUCAAGCCCAUCCUAUAAUUGGAAUUGUUGUACUAGUUUUUACAGUAGCUAAUCCAAUAGUCGCAUUGAUCAGACCAUUACCAGGUUCAGUCAAAAGAAAAUGUUUUAAUUGGAUACAUUGGGGGUUAGGUACCAUAGGACAUAUUUUAGCAGUUAUUAAUAUAUUUGCUGGUUUGGAGCUUGCCAAAGCAGGUGCCCCUCCAUAUUUAAGAUGGGUAAUGGUAGCUUAUGUAGCCUAUUACAUUACUGUCAACAUGAUAUUAGAAAUAAGUGACUGUGCUCUAACAAGGAAAGAACGUAAACAGGACGAUACUUACAUGUAUGAAAUGCACAGAAAACCAAUGUAUUAUUCACACAGCAAUGCACAUUUACAGUUAGAACCAUCAUAUAGCAGAUUAAAGAAGGUAGUGAUGGGAACACAUAUACUUAUAAUAACAGUGACAACAUUACUUCUCAUUAUUAUGUUAAUUAUUGGUGGGUAGGAGUAACACCUCAGAGAGAUUUAAACCCAGUAUUAGUGUUGCCAUAUGAUGCUCUUCAGUCAACAGUGCAACGCUUGAUGUGAAUAAGGAUAUGAUAUCGUUUAAGUGAUUUACACAGUUCAGUGGAUAUGUUUUGUAAAGAUAUUUGAAUUGAGUGUAUCCUAUACACAGUAAAAGGAGAAGUAUUGUGAUGACUUAUGAUGUUAAUUUUUCCUUUAAUAUUUAUUGAGUAUUUAUAAUGUGCUAUAAAGUAAAUAAAAGUAACCAAAAGUUUGUAUUUUCUGUACAUUUUAAUAAUCUCCAAUGAAUUGGUUAAUCCAUAAAUGUAUUUGAUUAUGUUUAUUUUUAUAUAUAAAAAGACUAAAAGUUGUGUUUUGUAAAGAUAUGUACUGUACUGUUAUGCAUAGGUAAAAUACUUUUCUCUGACACCAUUUACAUAUCUAAUUUCAAAUGAAAGGUUUGGAAAAUAACAUUUGAUAACACGUUUAUUAAUUUUUGUGUGCUGGUAAAAGCAAUUCGAUAAUUUUCUGAUACUUGACUCUUUUUUUAACCUUGGUUGCUUACAUCAGGUGACAGGUUUUAACAUGACUACCAAAUAGACACAUUUCCUUUAACAAACACUGAUAGCAAUAUUUUAUUUCUGUGAUCUGUGCUUCUGUUUGCAUCUUGUUUGAAAGCAUAACCACCACAGUCCCAUUAGUGGUUUUCCUAAAAAAAAUCUUUACAAAUAAGAUAGUCUUAUAUCUUUUGAGCACACCAAACCUUCAAAGCCAAAUAUUUUUAACAACAAAGAAAAAUGUUUGCAUCUGAAAAAUGUUUCCCAAGUCUUUGAUAGUUUUGAGCAUAAUUUGUUUGUGCAAUUUGCCUUAAGUUAAUUCUUUAUAAGUUAUCUUGAAAAUUAUGUAGUUGGUCAUUUUAAUAAAAUAAUUAUACUGCUGAUAAAUUACUUUUAGCGUGCAAAAAGAGAAUUUUAAAUACUGUUUUUUUUUUUUUGUUAAAGGAUGACAAAAUACUUCUUCUAUAUCAUCACACUAUUUGUUAUUAAUUUAUCAUCAGCUGAGCUGCUUCUUAAAGUCUUUAGUUCAGUGAAAUGUUUUUUCAUGAAUAAAUUCUGUAUUUGCCUUUUAUUUGUGUUUUAGGGAGGAAUGUUGUUUUUUUAUGAUAUUCGUUUUAUGGCUAAUGGUUAGUUUAAGAUAUUCACAUUAUGAUUAGAAUUUGAAAAUCAGGUUAAGCAAAAAAAAAAUAUAAAUAUCUUAUUCAAAGGAUAAUUGUAGUUUAAUUUCAUACCAUGAAAUAUUAUUUAUUUACAAUUAUUUAUGCUGUACUAUAAUUGUUAUAUGUUUAUGACUAUAACAUGUUAUGUUCAUAUUUAUUUUCAUAAUAAAUAUAAAACAUUA